GUGUAAUCAGUUGUAGUGUGCGCGUGGCCGCUGGGGGUCGCUGUGACGCAGGCGCUGAACAACACUGACGCGCGCAGACUCACUGCAGGAACAACAACAUGGCGGGAAAUUCAACAGAGCAGCUGCUGUCUAUGCGAGUUUAUAACAGCCUUCAGAGUCUGGGCUGUCCUCUGGUGGACGGGCUGUACCUGCGGGAGCCGGACAGUGUGCAGGAGCUCCUCUGCUCUCCUUCUUUACACAGGACAGAUAUCCUCAAGUGGAUCUGCGCCAGCAUUUGUCCAUCCCUAAAGGAGAAGUUUUCCACAAUUAAAUCAACUCAGAAUGAGGAUUUAGUUCAAGAACUCACACGGUUUGGUUAUGAGAUGAUGUUAUGUAAAGCUAAUGACCAGGAUUUAAUUAAGGGCCGCGCACCACCAUUGAGGCAGCUGAGGUUUCUGGAGCAGAUUCUGAUGGUGAUUCAAGCAGACUCUAGGCAGAACUCGUGCUCUGGUGAUGACAGUGUAAAGAACGAUGAUCUUCUUGGAGAGCUGAUGUCUCAGGACCACUUAUCUGACCUGGAUAUGCUCCUGAAUCCAGUCUGCAACCCGUGGCCUGCGCAUAUCCGUGAACAUCUAAUACGCACACAGUCAGCUCACAACAAAACGAACGGAAACCACAGUAAACCCAGUGAUGUCACAAACAGGAGUGAUCACCAUUCGCGACUAGGAAGUCAUGGAGAAGAAAGCCUGACAGAGGCCAUGGCGCUGCUGCAGUCUACCCAGAGCACAUUAGAUGAGCUCCACAAAGAGUGUGAGUUCCUGCGGUCACAUCCGUCAGGUUCUGCAGCUGUGCUGUCCCCCUGUGCACUGAAAGUGGCCAUCUCAGACAUGUCUCAGCUCAUGACGGCUUUUGGACACAUCUACAACACAGACUUUAAGGCGUACUGCCAGAGAGCCCCUCCGGCCCUCAACUCUGAUGCUAGUGUGUUUCAGUCCGUACAUCAGCUCCUGCAUGCCUGUAACACGGAGCUGGAGGCUCUAAAGCAGCUGUCUGAAACCUCGUCGUCUCUCACACAAACAGUGCAACAGCUGCAGACAGACAAGCGGUACUGGUCUAAAGGGGAGAAGUGCACGCUGCCUGAACGAUUAGAGGAGCUAAAGAACAGAUAUGUGGCUUUUCUCUCCCUUCACCAAUCAUAACCUCAAGGACUAAGCAGAAAUCUACAACCUACAGUUUGAAUUUUAAUCGGUAAAAGGCAUGAGGUGUAAAAUGUAACCAAUCAGAUCACUUAUUUACAUGACCAGGACUGUUCCCAUUGCACUUUGUGAUUUCUAACACCACUAAUAGUUAUAAACUAUAAUUCUCUUUCUUUACAAAAGCCUGUUAUUAGUAUGUGUAGUAGCAAACACAAGUGUAUCUUUCAUUGCCAGUGUUUGAUUUGCAAUCAUGUUAUGACAUUUUUUUUUUUUUUAAUAAAAACUGACCUUAUAGAAACUGUUUUUUUU